CCCCGUCCCGCUUAGACAAUGCCCCGGAGCCGCCAGACCAUCGCGCCCCCGCCCCACCGCCGUGUGUGAGCUCGUCUACCCAGGGAAACCCCUCGAGAGCCCAAGCUCGUGGCCUCCCCAGCUUGAAAACUCGGGUUCCCAUCUGCAUCCAACUCUCUCCUCUGGGGGUGGGGCCAAGGCCGAAAUCACAGCGCCGCGCGAGUGGUGGUGGCCGCUGGUGACGAGUGAAGCCAAAGAGAGAACUGACAUCAGCUUGGCUGGAAGGGGCGUCUGAGUGGAUGGGAUGGGGACGCCGGGGGAGGGGCUGGGUCGCUGUUCCCAUGCCCUGAUCCGGGGUGUCCCCGAGAGCCUGGCAUCCGGGGAGGGCGCGGGGGCUGGUCUCCCGGCUCUGGACCUGGCGAAAGCCCAGAGGGAGCAUGGAGUGCUGGGAGGUAAACUGAGGCAGCGGCUAGGGCUGCAGCUGCUCGAACUGCCUCCCGAGGAAUCCCUGCCGCUGGGACCGCUGCUCGGUGACACGGCCGUGAUCCAAGGAGACACGGCCCUCAUCACGCGGCCCUGGAGCCCAGCGCGUAGGCCCGAGGUUGAUGGGGUCCGCCAGGCCCUGCAGGACUUGGGGCUCCGAAUUGUGGAGGUGGGGGACGAGAGCGCGACGCUGGACGGCACCGACGUCCUCUUCACGGGCCGGGAGUUUUUCGUAGGUCUCUCCAAGUGGACCAAUCACCGAGGAGCCGAGAUCGUGGCAGACACCUUCCGGGACUUCGCCGUCUCCACCGUGCCGGUCUCGGGAGCCUCACACCUGCGCGGCCUCUGCGGCAUGGGGGGACCCCGCACUGUGGUGGCUGGAAGCAGCGAAGCUGCCCAAAAAGCUGUCAGGGCAAUGGCAGCUCUGACCGAUCACCCCUACGCCUCUCUGACCCUCCCUGAUGACGCAGCAGCUGACUGUCUCUUUCUGCGCCCUGGGUUGCCCGGUGCCACCCCUUUCCUCCUGCACCGUGGAGGUGGGGACCUGCCCAACAGCCAGGAGGGUCUGCAGAAGCUCUCUGACGUCACCCUGGUACCCGUGUCCUGCUCAGAACUGGAGAAGGCCGGUGCCGGCCUCAGCUCCCUCUGCCUGGUGCUCAGCACCCGCCCCCACUGCUGAGGGCCUGGGCUUGGACCACGUAGGGGUAGAUUCAGGUAAUAGAGGGUGGGGAGGAGGUAGUGGUGGAGACGUGCCCCAGGACAAGGGAGGACUUAGUGUGGAACAAAGGACAGGAGCCACUGGGCGAGUCCUCUCUGUCAAAACCAAUAAAAUGAAAUGGGCCUUUUA